GCCGUCGCUGCGGUCGAAUUGAACCACGACGUCCGCAAGCACAGCAAAAGCAGCAUGGAGACCGAUAGCGACGUCAAGGACCCUUCGUGGGAUGACGAUGAUAACGAGCCCCAAGAUAAAAGGGGCGGAGCUGGAGCAAUGAAGACGUCGUCGUCGUCGUCGUCGCCUGGGACCCGGAAGCCGCAGCGAAAGGGCAAGCGCCGUGCCGUAGCCGAUCCCGGAGCUGGCGGCAUCGACGAAGAUGACGAACCCACCAGCCCCGCGGGCCGAACAAGCGUCAGUGACCGGUCGGUCAAGUCGGUAUCCGUCGCCUCAUCCGCCGGAUCGAGCACCAAGACGGCACCGGCACCCCGACUGCGCAGUGCCUCUCGCACCUCCAAAAACGCACUGCAAAAGCCGACCGAGUCCCUCGAAGAACGCCGAACGCGCGCAUCUCAUAAUUUGGUCGAGAAGCAGUACCGUAAUCGACUGAACGCUCAAUUUGAGGGUCUUCUCAAUGCCCUACCGGAGCAGGUCCGCGGCCCGGCCGGCGCCGGAGACGGCGACGAAUCGGACCCGCAGGCGGCGGCGGCGGCGAAUGAGGAAAGGCGGGUCAGCAAGGCCGAGGUGCUGGACAUGGCCCGCCGCCACAUCCAGAACCUGGAGCGGGAGCGGGAGACGCUCCACCGCGAAAGGGGGGAGCUGCUGCGCAGUCUGGAGACGAUGGAGCGGGAGGCGGCCGCGAAUGGCGGCGGGGGUGGCCGGUUGGAUGAGUUCCUCGACGUUGAGGGGGUUCCGGACGAGAGAGGCGAGCCGUCGUCGUCGUGGAGGAAUGCUUGA